AUGCUCAUCAACAUGGUGGUGGCAACAAACAGCUCAGCACGUGGCAUGUGUGCUGGUUGUGGGUUUCAAACGCUCUGCACAAUCCCGAGGGCUUUCCAACAUCCAGAACUUGGACUUGUGGACACCUUUUCUAUGUUUUAUGACCUCCAGCAGAAAGCCCCCAACAAGGUCCAAGCUGCUGACACUAGGCUUCUUGUGGAUCCCAAACCAUCGCAGCCAGUCGACUCUGCCCCUGCAGCGGACGUUCUGACUCUGCAGGUUGGCAAUCAGGCCCACUUCAGGCCGCGCCUCCGGACGGCAGGCACACUCGAAGUGCACCCUGCUCUUCCCCAAGGUCUCGCACUACAUCCAGAAACCGGUGUCAUUACUGGCACUCCAGUGCUGGCUGUUGAGGACACAAGAUAUUGCAUCAAAGCCACUGUGGCAGAAAUUUUGCUCAAGGUGGAUGCUCAGGAGGACAGUCAAUGCGAGGACGUUUCCAUGUCUAUCAAUGAGGACUUUGCAACGCGGGUGGAUUGCGUGCGUGAGAUUGAGGACAUGCUACCCGAGCCGUGCAAAACAAGGGCCUACGGUGACUGGAUGAUCUGGAUGGUCCAUCGUGCCUGGUUGGAUGAUCCCUCUUUGACGGACCUCAACUUUGGCAACAUGCACAUGCCGCCGCCUCACAUCGAGAGACGCAUUGCUCCCAAGCUGAUGGAAGCUAUGGCAAGGAACACGCACCUGGAGAAGCUGACGCUUUCCAACUCCAACUUGCUCAAGGCAUCCGGAGUUCAGCUGGCCAAUGCUCUACGUGCCAACUCGUCGCUCAAGACGCUGAACCUUGAGAGCAACUGGCUUGACUCCAAUGCCGUCCGCGAGCUUGCUUUAGCCAUCAAGGACAAUCUCAGCAGCAAGAUUGAAUGCUUGCGCUUCUCUCAUCAGAAGCAGAUGGGACAGUUCUUCGGAAGGCCGACGGAGGAAGCAGUGGGGCAAAUGAUGCAGAGCAACGACACCAUCGUGAAGCUUGGCUUUGAAUGCGAUGAUGCGCACUGGCGGAAUGAGAUUGAUCGGGCGCUUUUGCGAAACAACGACUCAUGGAGAAGACGGCAAGCUCCUCCUGACGGAGAGGCUUUGCCAACAGCAGAGGAACGUUCUCUAGGGCGGAUACAUCUAGUGCACCCGCCAGAUGCUUCGGCCAGCGAGGUACUGAACAGCUAUGGCACGUUGUGCGACUACCUGGACCAUAACAAGAAGCUCCCCACAACUUCGCAGCUUCAAAACAGCACGCGCAACAGUGGUCAGCAGAUCACCUAUGCAAAAGCUGCUCCAAUGAUCAAGGAGCUUCGUUCGUGGAUGCUUGAUCAGUCUCUGAACAAGUUGGUGGAAGUCCUCGACACCUUCGAAACUCCGACAUGUGGCAUCCUGCGACAGUGGAGUUCAUGCCAUGAUCAUUGGAUCGUUGAGGUUUGGGUGGAGGAUAGGAGGUGCACAUUCCGUAGUUCGAGAGAACCGCCCACAUCAGUGUCGGACGACUGGGUCAAGUGGCUUCGCGCCAACAGCAACCCCCAUAUUGGACCACCGGAAACUCGAGCUGGUGCAUAG